GCCGAGCGCCGCCGGCCGCCCGGACACGGCGUCCGUGACGGCUCCCGCACCGUCCUCCCGCACCGUCCUCCCUCCUCCUCCUCGUCGCCCUCGUCCCCGUCCCCGUCUCCGUCCCGGUCCCGGCCGAGCGGCCCCCACCGCGGCCCGGAGCUGGAGCCGCGCCGGGGCCCGGAGCCCCGCAGCCGGCGGAUGAUGAACUCGCUGCUGUUCGGGGAGAUGGCCCUGGCCCUGGGCUGCCCCCCGGGGGGCGGCGGCGGCGGCGGCGGCGGGGGUCCGCCGGGGCCCCCGGGCCCGUCCCCGGUGACGGCGGCGCUGCGGGACGACCUGGGCUCCAACAUCCACCUCCUCAAGGGGCUCAACGUGCGUUUCCGCUGCUUCCUCGCCAAGGUGCACGAGCUGGAGCGGCGCAACCGGCUGCUGGAGAAGCAGCUGGAGCAGCAGCAGAGCGAGCGCGACCGCCGCCUGCGCUACAAGACGUUCUCCCGGGAGCAGGCGGUGCAGACGGGGCCGGAGCUGGGCGCCCCGCCGCCGCCUGCCGCCUCUGCCGCCUCUGCUGCCUCUGCCGCCGCCUCCGCCGCCGCCGCAGGCGGGCCGCACGGGAACCCGCAGCACUACAGCCGCCUGCCCGGCACCAUCUGGAGCUACACGCAGGUGCGGCGCACGGGCGGCGGCGGGCUGGAGACGCUGCAGGGCCCCGGCGUGUCGUGGCUGCACCCCGACGGCGUGGGCGUGCAGAUCGACACCAUCACCCCCGAGAUCCGCGCCCUCUACAACGUGCUGGCCAAGGUCAAGCGCGAGCGCGACGACUACAAGAAGAGGUGGGAGGAGGAGCUGGCCAAGCGCAUGAGCCUCCAGUCCAUGGUCGAAACACUCCAAGAGGAGGCCCAAGAGGCAGAGGCCAUCCAGGAGGAGCUGAAUGAGAAGAUCGAGCGGCUGAAAGCAGAGCUCGUGGUGUUCAAAGGCCUGAUGAGUGAUCCCAUGACAGACCUCGACACAAAGAUCCAGGAAAAGGCCAUGAAGGUGGACAUGGACAUCUGCCGGCGAAUCGAUAUCACAGCUAAGCUGUGCGAUGUUGCGCAGCAGCGGAACUCGGAAGACGUGUCCAAGAUCUUUCAGGUGGCGUCCAAAAAGAAAGAGCGCAAGGUCACCUCGGACGAAGACCUUUCUGAGCAGGACGCAGAAGGCAACAGGUUCUCGGAUGAUGAAGUGGGCUCCCUGAACAUCACCGACGAGAUGAAACGCAUGUUUAACCAGCUGAGGGAGACCUUUGACUUUGAUGAUGACUGUGACAGCCUGACCUGGGAGGAGAAUGAAGAUACCCUGUUGCUGUGGGAAGACUUCACCAACUGCAACCCAUCCAUAGACCUGCAGGGAGAGCAAGAGGAAAACUUAGGCAACCUGAUCCACGAAACAGAAUCCUUCUUCAAGACGAGAGACAAGGAAUACCAGGAGACGAUAGGCCAAAUUGAGAUGGAGCUGGCCACCGCCAAGAGCGACAUGAACCGGCAUCUGCAUGAGUACAUGGAGAUGUGCAGCAUGAAGCGGGGCCUGGACGUCCAGAUGGAGACCUGCCGGCGGCUCAUCAAGGGCUCUGCAGACAGAAACUCUCCGUCCCCCAGCUCCGUAGCCAGCAGCGACUCAGGAAACACAGACGAGAUCCAAGACGAGUUGGAUCGAGAGGCGGAGGUGGAGCCGAUGGUCAGCUGAUGUCCAACGGGGAACGACGUCCUGCAAGCCGGGGACCCGACACCCAGUGAAGGAGAAGAGGAGAGAGGUUGCGGGGAGCGAGGGAAGCGCGGAACACACACGGACUCCUGACACCCUCCCCUCUCGCUCCUGAGGGACCGCUGCUUCCGACAGCCACCCCUCCCUCCCCCCGGUGCCCCCGUCCCGCUCGACCACCUGCCCCAGCAUUGAUUGGUGCUGUAAAUUUCUAUCGUUCUACAGGUUCCACGUGCAGAACUGUCCGGAUUCCGUCCGCCGCGGUGUUAUAACUGUGCCUUUUCCCGUAGCGGAGCCACUUUGAGCUCUAAAGAAAUAUUCCUAGCAGGUGUUUUUAUAUAAACGGGGGAUAUUCUUAA